GCUUAUUCCCGUCUCAAUACUGCAAACCCGAAAGCUUUAUUCUUUUCUCUCCAAGCCUUUGUGCUUCUUUCUUUGUCUCUUCCCUUGUAAACCAGUGUUUUGAAGUUGUCUCGCAAAUCUUGUUAUCUCGUCCAACAUAUUUCGAAUUAUUAAGACCAAUCUCUUUGACAAAGUUUUUAGUUUGUUUCAUCCCCAUUACUGAAAAUUCUUGCCCAGAUUGGUAGCAACUUUUUAAGUGCCUUGGAACUUUACUUACUUUAAACUGUAGAUGUGAGCUGCUGCAAAAUAGAGAUUGUAGCAUAGUGGUUUCUUACUCAUUGACAAUGAAAAUGGUUGUGCUACAUACUUAGAUUCUAAUUCUAAUGAUUGCACGAGUCCAUUUUCCUUCACAGAAGGUGCCUUGUUUAUUACUGUUAAAGCCAUUCUCUCUAUCAUUGGCUGAGUCAAAGGUGGUGACAAAUCAGCAUAUUGGAGUGAUUUAAAAAUCUGGCUGAGUAGUGCCACAACAACAUCUUGCUUGAUGUCAGAAGACUAAGGAGUUGAUUAUUGACUACAGGAGGAGGAAACCAGAAGUCCAGGAGCCAGUCCUCACUGGGGUAUCAGAGGGUUUUAAUGGCUGGAAACGUGGAUGUGUACAACUCUACUGUUCAUGACUCCUGCGUCUCUUCAGGGUUUAAAACCCUAUAUGAGGAGCGAUUAUUAUUUGAUGUCACGCUAGUUAUCGAGGAUCACCAGUUUCAGGCUCACAAGGCACUACUGGCUACUCAGAGUGACUACUUUCGAAUAAUGUUCACAGCUGACAUGAGGGAGAGGGACCAGAAUAAGAUUCACCUUAAAGGACUCACUCCUACAGGCUUUAGUCAUGUCCUUCAAUUUAUGUAUUAUGGCUCCAUUGAACUGAAUAUGAGCACUGUCCAUGAAAUUCUUCAGGCAGCAAUGUAUGUCCAGUUAACUGAGGUCGUGAAAUUUUGCUGUUCUUUCCUUUUGUCAAAAAUCUGCUUGGACAACUGUGCAGAAAUCAUGCGACUUUUAGAUGAUUUCAGUGUUAAUAUAGACGGUAUCCAAGAACAACUGGACAAGUUUCUACUCGAGAAUUUCGUGCCACUCAUGUCCAGAGCUGAUUUUCUGUCCUACUUGAGUGUUGAAAAGCUUUUGAUGUGUUUGGAAAAUGAUCAGUUGAGCCGAUUCCCAGAGAUUGAGCUCUUCGAGGCUGCACAGGCCUGGCUGCGACAUGACAGAAGCCGUUGGAGGCACACAGAUACCAUUGUUCAAAAUGUCAGGUUUUGUCUGAUGAAUACAACAAACGUUUUGGAAAAGGUAAAAACAUCCGAAUUUUAUCGCUACUCACGGCAGCUUCGUUUUGAGGUUGAGCAGGCUUUAAGCUACUUUCAGAACAUGAAUCAGCAACCACUUUUGGAGAUGAAAUCUAAUCGCAUUCGUUCUGCUAAGGCACAGACUGCAGUUUUCCGAGGGAUGAUUGGACAUAGCAUGGUAAAUAGCAAGAUUCUUCUGCUGCACAGACCCCGGGUCUGGUGGGAACUGGAGGGUCCACAAGUGCCACUGCGACCUGACUGCCUUGCAGUUGUGAACAACUUCGUGUUUUUGUUGGGAGGGGAAGAGUUGGGUCCUGAUGGUGAAUUUCAUGCUUCCUCCAAAGUCUUCCGGUAUGAUCCCCGACAAAACUCAUGGCUGAGAAUGUCAGAUAUGUCUGUCCCCCGAUCUGAAUUUGCUGUUGGUAUCAUUGGGAAAUACAUCUAUGCUGUGGCAGGCAGAACAAGGGAUGAAACUUUUUACUCAACUGAACGAUAUGAUAUCACACAAAACAAAUGGGAAUUUAUUGACCCAUAUCCAGUUAAUAAGUAUGGUCACGAAGGAACAGUUCUCAAUAGUAAGCUUUACAUAACUGGUGGUAUAAUGUCCUCCUCAACCUCCAAGCAAGUAUGUGUUUUUGAUCCCAGUAAAGAAGGUACUGUGGAACAGCGCACAAGGAGAACACAAGUGGUUACAACGUGCUGGGAGAAUAAAGCUAAAAUGAACUAUGCACGCUGUUUUCAUAAAAUGAUUGCCCACAAUGGGAAACUUUAUGUUUUUGGGGGUGUGUGUGUAAUAUUACGUGCAUCUUUUGAGUCCCAGGGCUGUCCAUCAACAGAAGUUUAUAAUCCUGAUUCUGAUCAGUGGACUAUCCUGGCAUCAAUGCCCAUAGGAAGAAGUGGGCAUGGGGUGGCAGUUGUUGAAAAACAGAUAAUAGUCCUUGGUGGCCUUUGUUACAAUGGUCAAUACAGUGACUCCAUACUUACCUUCGAUCCAGAAGAAAAUAAAUGGAAGGAAGAUGAAUAUCCAAGGAUGCCUUGUAAAUUGGAUGGCUUACAAGUCUGUAGCCUUUACUUUCCUGACUUCAUACUGGAGCAUGUUCGGCGAUGUACCUAAAACAUUGCUAUGGUUACACGACAAAAAUCACCUAGGGAUGGGAAACCAUAGUUUUGUUAAGCUUUUGGGGAGAGCAAGUUUUACGGUAUUGUAAUGGUAUCACCCUUGAACAAUAAGGUGCAAAAAUUGCAGUUCAGAGUGGUUUGGUUUUCAUCUUUAUUUUGUGUAGUCAGUUGAAAUCCAGUAUUGAUUUUAUCCAAAUUAAUAAUUUACUAUUUAAGAACUUUUAAUGAGUAAAUUUGCAUUUGUACAGCUGCUUGACAGGUUGUCUAUUCAUAUCCUCGUACCACUAUCUGACUCUGAGUACCAUUGUUGAAGAUUUUACCAGAUUUUUAAGACCAUAAGACAUAGGAGCAGAAUUAGGCCAUUUGUCCCAUUGGGUGUACUUCAUCAUUGCGUUAUGGCUAAUCUAUUUUCCUCCUCAAACCCAUUCUCCUGCCUUCUCCCUGUAACCUUUGACACCCUUACUAAUUAAGAAGUUAUCAACCUCUGUCUUAAGUAUACCCAAUGACUUGGCCUCCACAGCCAUCUGUAGUGAUGAAUUCCGCAGAUUCAUCAUCCUCUAGCUGAAGAAAUUCCUCUUCAUUGCUGUUCUGUAUAUUUUUGAUAACUUAUUUAGUAGGUUUUUCCUUUUUAAUUUUAUUUUAGUAUUUUAUCAAAUGUUUGACCUUUUCACUAAAUUGUGAUUUUUGUUAAGUUGUGAACACUUGUUUUGCUGUUGUCUUAUAUGAUUAAUCUGCAUUCUUACUGAAGAUCCAACUUGUUGCAAGUAGUUUGGAAAGUACUCUAAAAUUAUUUAAAAAUGGAAAGUGCUAGAAACAUUCAGAAAGUUAGGCAGCAUCUGUGGAAAAGGAAAUGGUUGAUAUUUCAGUUUAUACACCAUUUGUCAAAACUGGAAUAGAGAUAAAUUAGGUUAGUUUUAAUUUCCAGAGAGAAUUGAGGCAGGGAUGAUGAGUCUGUAACUGCCCUAUUUUGUUCACUUCCUCUCAACUAUAGUUUAUCCUUGCAGAAAGAUUUUUGUUUUGACCCUUCCCUCCUCCCUACUAUUUGUGUGUUAAAAAUACUUAAUUUCCCAGUUUCCAAUACAGUAUUUAAAAAAAAAUCUUCAACCUGAGACGCACAUUAUUUUUUCUAUUUCCACAAAUGCUGCCUGAUUUGCUGUGUGUUUCCCAUAUUUUCUGUGUUCAUUUCAGAUUGAAUUUCUGCAUUUUAAAAUUUUCAUUUAGGAUAAUAUUGUACGUUUAGAUUAAUAUUUUAGAGAUAUUUUGGAUUGUAGGAGGGUUUGAAGGUGGAAUCUGGCAGCUGUGAAAUUUUUAGAAUGGUCUGCUGAACAUUAAAAUGUUUUGAAGGAGGUAUUCACUUCUUCCUUUGUGUAAUCCUGCGCUUUUCAAAUUAGUUUUGGGUGUGCUCCUUUUACUUGAUGUAGAUUUGCUUUCUUUUAUUUGUAAAGUAAUUGUUAUACUAUUAAGAGUCAAGUAUGGCUCUGGGAACCUGAAUAUUCUAGCUCCAACUACUAACUUAAGAAAAGGGUUGCUGGGAAAUCCUUCACUAAGUCACUGCAAAGUCUUUUAUUUGUUUAGUUGUUAUCUUUGACUGAAUGAUAGUUUUGAAACAAUGGGAUAAAUUUUCAGUAGAAUUAUAUGAAUCGUGUAACUGUCCAACAUGGAUUUAUGUUCAAAUGAAUUGUUUGGGUGGUAAAAACACUGGAAAGGGUUCUUUUUUAACAAGAAAAACAUGUUCUGUUGUAAGAACAGCUUUUCAAUGCAUGUAUAUUUUAUUACCAUCUUAAUUCAAUCAUUUAUUCCAGAAUGAACAGGAAAUUCUCAAAGCUUUUCCAGGGACUGAAAAGAUACCUUGCACAUUUGUAAUACGUUAUUUCUCUUUUAUAAUCUGUAAGACCUAUUUAAAAAUAUUAGACACGUUUACCAUUUUAAUUAUUCUGGAAACCAAAAAAUAGCAAGCUAUGUUCAAUUGUAAACAUUUAAAACUUGUAAAGGGACAAAAAAUGUAAAAAAAAAAUUGCUCUGUAAAUAUUGAAUCCUAUUUUUCACUGAGGCUAAAGUGGAUGCAUUAAGUUUCCAAAUAAAAUGUAUUUAGUGAGCUCUAGUCUUGAAAACCUAUGUGACAGACAAUUAAAGUAUUUAAGAAAACUACAACUUAUUACCUUAAUUACAUUGCGGCAAUUAAGACAUCUACGUUUAAGGACUCAGUUACAGAAUGGCAUCCUAAAAGAAGCUAUAUUCAUCAUCCUCUUCACUUUACGUCUUCUGGCAUGUAAAUUGCACCUUUGCAAACAACCUUUUUUUCUUGUUUUAUGAAUUCCAUUUCUAUUGAUUAAAAGGGCAUCUUUCAGACUGCAUUUAUUUAUAAAUUUUCACCCUUUUUAAAGCACAAAUCACCACGAUGAUAAAAUAUUGGGAAAACUCAGCAGGUCAGGCAACAUCUGUGGAAUGAGAAAUGGUCAACAUUUUGGUCCUCUUCUUCAUCAUAACUGAUUUCCAUCUGCACUUUGUUUUCUUCCUUAUGCUUAGUUGCCUGGUUUUUAUAUGAAGACUUAAGAUGACAACAACAGAUUCAAGGAAAGUACACACUUGUUGAAAGGUGUUGAGCCAAUUUGAAAGCAUUUAGUCUAGAGAAUACCUUGGAUCUUACAGAAGAAUAUUUUGGAGGUAACAUGUUUGUGUCUGUAAACGUCCUUAAAAUUAUGGCCCCUGUUGUGGGUUUUAACAAUGUAGUCUAACAAUCUGUUUAAAUAGACAAUUCUGUUUAAAGGUUUUGGUAACAGACUGGAUAUUCAGACUGAUCUCCCAGGGAUUAUAAGUGCCUGUAUUUAUAAACUAUUUCUGAGAUUUAAGACUAGUCCACAAGGAUUCAUUUAGCACAUGGUUUUGUUCUUUUGGGUCACGGGAAGCACAUCAAACCAUAAUUAAUGUAAUGUCAACGUAUUGUUUAAGAAGGAGCAUUUGUACAUUUGUAGCAGAUCAUUCUUGGGGCAUUUCAAUUAAAGUGCAACAGAAAAUUACACUUCAAGUGUAAUUUUAGUUGCUGAUCUCCCAUUUAAAGUUUACCUUUCUGGUCACUCAGUCACAGAGGAGCUGCUAUGUUGAUGUUGAACAUGACCUUUACCAGCAAAUACAGACGGCAUCAUUUUCAAUCUGAGAUAGACCCAAGGUAAAAUAAAUUUACUUACCUGAUAGAAUGAUCAAGUGUUAGUCUUUAUAUUAACUGUUUAUCUUUACUGGCAGACUUGGACUCAUUUCAGUAUAGUACAAAAUAACUCAAAUAUCCACUUAAUUAGUGCAAAAAAAAUUUGAGACUUUUUAAAUCUGAAAAUAUUUGUAAACAAAAUGCAAAAAGUUAAAUAAAAGAAUUUUCUUUUAAAAUGGCCGCCUUACUUGUCAAUUUCAUUUGA